UGUAACAGAAUACGAGGGAGAGGGAAAGAGAGAGAGAGAGAGAGAGAGAGAGAGAGGGAGGUGGGGAUUUAAUUUUUUCCCAGGUCCGAAGUGGGAGUGAAUGGCGUUUGAGCCACUCCCUUAUUAUUGCUUGCAAAUCUGAGAGAGAAACCUUAGUAGUUGGAGUUUGCAGACGGAAGCCGAGAGAGAGAGAGAGCUUAGUUGUUGGAGCUUGCAGUGGGAAGCAGGGAGAGAGCUUAAUUGUUGGAGCUUGCAGUGGGAAGCAGAGAGGGAGCUUAAUUGUUGGAGCUUGCGGUAGGAAGUAGAGAGAGAUGUCUUGCUUGGCAUCGUGUUGCGCUUCCAUGACAUGCGGGCUGUGCAGUUCGGUGGUGUCGGGUAUUUCGAGUCGGUCGGCGAGGCUCGCUUACUGUGGUCUCUUUGGCCUCUCUCUCAUCGUCUCAUGGGUCUUCAGAGAGAUCGCUCCCUCUCUCUUCAAGGCCAUCCCAUGGACCAGUAAUUCGUCUGAGACUCAUAGUAAAGAAUGGUAUCAAAUGGCUGCUGUCCUUCGUGUGAGUUUGGGCAAUUUCUUGUUUUUCACAAUCUUUGCACUCAUAAUGAUUGGUGUUAAGGACCAGAAUGAUAGAAGGGACUCAUGGCACCAUGGGGGAUGGAUAACAAAAAUCAUAGUGUGGUCACUACUUGUUAUUCUAAUGUUCUUCCUUCCGAAUGCAGUCUUCAAUAUGUAUGCAAUGCUCUCAAAAUUUGGGUCGGGUUUGUUUCUACUAGUUCAAGUGAUCAUACUUCUGGAUUUUACACAUUCAUGGAAUGAUGCUUGGGUUGAGAAAGAUGAACAGAAGUGGUACAUUGCGUUGCUUUCAGUGUCAGUGGUAUGCUACCUGGCAACAUUUGCUUUCUCAGGGCUGCUCUUCUUCUGGUUCAAUCCUUCAGGCAAUGAUUGUGGUCUCAAUGUAUUCUUCAUUGUCAUGACAAUGAUUCUUGCAUUUGGGUUUGCAAUCGUUGCUUUGCAUCCUAAGGUGAAUGGUAGCCUGUUUCCAGCUUCUGUAAUAUCUAUGUACUGUGCAUACUUGUGUUAUACUGGUUUAUCCAGUGAACCUAGAGACUAUGAAUGCAAUGGGCUUCAUAAGCAUUCGAAAGCAGUUUCAACAGGAACUCUCAUUAUGGGAAUGAUUACCACUGUUCUCUCUGUUGUGUAUUCGGCUGUUCGCGCUGGUUCCUCAACAACGUUUUUGUCGCCCCCAUCAUCUCCCAAAGCUGGGGAAAAGAAGCCUCUGCUUGAAUCGGACAAUUUGGAUGAGGUAGAGAAAAAUAAGCAAAAUGAGGCACGACCCGUCUCUUAUUCUUACACAUUCUUCCACUUAAUCUUUGCCCUGGCAAGCAUGUAUUCAGCCAUGCUUCUAACUGGGUGGACCAGCUUGUCAGAUAGUGAGGAUCUCAUUGAUGUCGGGUGGACCUCAGUUUGGGUGCGUAUGUGCACUGAAUGGGUCACGGCAGGCCUAUACGUCUGGUCUCUGGUUGCCCCACUGAUCCUCUCUGACCGUGAAUUUUCAUAAAAAUCCAUGUUUUGUGAUUUUGUAUAUCUUAGGCUUUGUGGCAUUCAUUUGCUAUAGAACAUAAUAUCCAAUGGUUGUGUAGUAUUCAGUACUGUACCUAGUUUGUAAUAAAUAUCAGAUUGGUGUAGAUAUUGUUAUUA